UUUUCCUUACGAAGUAUUAAGCGGCCUCGAUGUAUUAUUAGGUGAACAAUUACUUCGGAAACUGCCAUGAACUAAUACGUAAAACAUUGAAAAUGAGGGAUACGGGACAUACCUUGAACAUUGUACCAACCUAACUAUAUUCAUGAUCUUUUUCAGGGGCAUCUUUACUUGAAGUUGGGUUGGCUCGUUCCUCUAACAAUCCUACGUUAUCAGGGCAGCGUAGCCAAUUAUGUACUCUAUGUACGUGCCAUUGGAGGCUCCUAUGACAUCCCUGAUGUCAACCCGGGUUCAUACAGAAAGGAAAUUAAACCUUUGAAAUCCUACAUCAUCCCCCCAUUGUCCCUCUCUCUUACUACAAGUUGCUUGGUAUCACUGUAGUGUGGCCUAUUUGCCGCCGUCCGAUCGUUUCAAUUGUCUUCAAUUCGGUCCACUCCUUAUAAAGUUACCUAUUAAUAUAAUGGUUGCCUCUCGGCGAUGAUUAAACACGACAUUCAACAACCCCGAUGGAGUCUGAUAGGCCGGAGACCACCGUCUUAGGUCGCCCGAAACCGACACAGCAACCGCCACGAACGAUAGCAGGACCAGGAGUUGUCGCGGAAACGAUACCCCGUGCCGGUAUUACUACUAGCAUAACGGCGGGCCCAGUAAAUAGAGACGCGAAUAGAUCGUCCACAUUCGAAUUCCGUGGCUUUGACUUCUUUGCCAAUCGCGACUUCAAUGAGUUGAAGAACGCGUCGCGGGCGUAUUUCGCACCUGCUGCUAGCUCCGAAAAACACCAACGUCUACCAUCGACAUGGUUAGGCGAUGCGACACCGCCUGCUAGUCCACGGCCAUCUAGGGAGGUACGCGCUAUCGGAGGAGGUAUUGGUGGAGAGAGGCUUCUACCUCCGUUAGGUGGACAGGUAUCUCCGCCCGAAAAGAGAAUAUUCGGACUGAGGAGAACCCAAUUUUGGUGGCUGGUAGCCUUGAUAACGCUUUUGUUGGUUGUAGCAAUCGGAGUUGGCGUGGGUGUAGGGGUGGGUAAAGGUGCGUCCCAGAGCUCUACCCAGGCUCAGGCGCAGGUUGGCGCUGUAUCAAGUUCAUCAUCUGCGACUACAUCGUUAGGUUCAAAUACAUCUGUGGCAACUGGGACACCAACGACUCCAUCCGGCUCAUCAGCGACUCGGACUUCGGAUAGUUCCUCAUCGACAAGCAGUUCCGAGGGGAAAAUCGAUUGUCCUGCUGCUAAUGGGACUACCUACCAGGUCCCAGGGUCAGAGAAGCAGUUCUUACGGAUUUGCGGUAUAGACUAUAGUGGCGACGAGGCCACCGAUCUACGACAUGUACCCACCGAGAGCAUGCUGGACUGUAUGAAGAACUGUGCUGGGACUAGCGGGUGCACAGGAUGCGGCUGGGGUUAUAUCCAGGGGGAUACGGGAAACCAACACACCUGUUGGCUUAAGGGCAGCUUGAAGAAAUCUCACGAGGCCGAUAUCAAUUGGGCCUUUGCCGUGCUUUUAUGAUUGGACGAAGGGGGAUAGCCACAUGGAAGAUGGAUGUGAUGACAUCGAUAAUAUUCUAAUAUCUACCUAAAUUUGAGCUUAUAAAUAAAUAUGAUACCCUGUGCCUUGA